AUGUUAUUUGUACUGAUUUUAUCGCUCAUGGCCGCUUUCUGCUCUGCUAAGGACAAAAAACCACCAGACACCAAGGUAACUGCAUUUAUACUCAUGGCCACUGCAAAUUGAUGUGAUUACUGUUAAAUAAUGUUAGUACGUUAGGGAAAAAAUAGGAAUAAAUAUAUUCAAACACAAACUAAAGGUCGUAUGACUACUUGUAAAACCUCCGAAAAAAUCGAUCAAUAUUUUGAAAAGAGAGAAAUUAUUUCACGUUUAAAACAAUUAAAAGUAACCUCGUUACUAACGUGGAAGAAUGUAUAUCCUCUUUGGUGAAAAAAUGAAUUUCUUUUAUCACAAUUAACUAUUUCAUGAAAGAAAUGCAACUUCAAACUUGCAACAUCAAGGAACUAUUUACUCAUUUUGAUUGAAACGUUAAAUGACAGAUAAAAUUGUCAAGAGCUAAAGGCAUUUUGUCACUGACUUUUCUCUUUUUGACAGCCUGUUUCAUCUUGUCCAACUUGUAAUGGCGGACAAACCGGGAUGUGGACAUACAUGACAUGCGUCCCAGGAGCCCCUGGGGCACCUGGCCGAGAUGGAGCCAAAGGAGACCUGGGCAGCCCGGGAAAAGCUGGGACCCAAGGACCACGUGGUGCUGAUGGAAAGAAAGGAGCAAAGGGAGAGCCUGGGAUUCAGGGGUCCGCCGGACAAAAAGGACAGCGAGGGGACAAAGGUGACCGUGGAACGCCACGACGGGCUUCACACAUGAACUGGAAGGAGUGCACUUGGAAAAAGGACGACCACAAAGAUUCAGGAUUGAUAUAUGUAAGCAAGCAAUAUGCCUGUUUAAUAAGAAAAACAAUACCGUUGAUAAAUUUCUCAAAACGAAGAAUUCAUCAAUAUAAUUGACUGUCAUGGUGUCACAGAUGCCAUGAUUUUAAAUAUUUUCUUUCUUUCCUACUUUCUUGUCUUUUUUGUUGUUGUUCAGAACUGUGAUUUUGUGAAGAAAUACCCGGACACUUCCCUUCAUGUCUACUAUGAUGGUAAUAUCGGGAUUUACAACUGCGCCGGAUGCUGUAGUCGCUGGUAUUUCAGCUUUAAUGGAGCCGAGUGCAGCUCUCCAGGAACUAUUGACGGUGCAUUCUACAUGCGAACAAGUACAAACCACAAUCUUCACCGUCACCGCCACAUUGAAGGUCACUGCAAUAACAUUCAAAAAGGAAAGGUGCGAUUGGGAUUCUGGGUUGGAAAGUGCGUUACAGGCCAUAAGCUUGCUGACGCCUAUACUGGUUGGCAUUCAAGGAAUCGUAUCUUCAUUGAGGAAGUACCAAAAGCUCAGCAGUAA